AUGGGGGAUAUAUUGGCCGGCGACGGCGAGUCACCGAAGCUUCUGAUUCCUGGCAAACGAAACAUACUAAUUACCAGUGCUCUUCUUCCGUCAACAACGUUCCUCACCUUGGGAAUAUCAUUGGUUGUAAGUACAGUUGCAGGUGUGUUGAGUGUCGAUGUGUUUGCUCGGUAUUUUCGAUUGAGUGGGUAUAACGCUAUAUACAUUUGCGGAACUGAUGAAUAUGGAAUGGCAACUGAGACCAAAGCUUUGCAAGAAAAUUACACUCCCAAAGAAAUAUGCGAUAGAUAUCAUGCGAUUAACAGGGAUGUCUAUAAUAAUGGUGUUCUUGCAAGUCUUAUUUAUGUUGAAGAUCAAAUAAGAGAAGAUGAUGCACAUGUUAUUCAAUCUUUUACUAGUCAAGGCAUCAAUGUGUUGUAUGGAGCUACACCUGAUGAGAAAAGUAAAUUUAUAAGCCAACUCCAGAAGGACAACCAGAAUGUUCUUACAACAGAGACAACAAUUGGUUGGAAAGUGUUCUAUGAAGAACCGAUUAUGUUGAUACCAUUUGUUUUAUUGGGAAGGAAUCUUGAACAAAGAGCUAAGAUUAAGGCAACUAGUGAUAUGACAAGGCUUCUUAGUGUUCUUCCACCAAAAGCUCGUUUUUUAGUGGUAGGUGGUGAUGUUGAAAAGUCAACCUCAACAGUCGAUUUUCCUUGUGAUAGUCUUUCUGUUGGAGAUAAAAUUGUUGUACUACACUACUACUUGGAUGACAGCUGGCAGAAGCACAGUGGACGAGUCAAGUUUUACCGGGUUGUUGCUUGUCCAUGUGCAUUGGGUUUAGCAACACCAACUGUUGUAAUGGUGGGAACUUCACUUGGUGCUACAAGAGGAUUACUUUUCCGUGGUGGAAGUAUUUUAAUUAGAAAAUUCUCUCAAGUCAACACAAUUGUUUUUCACAAAACAGGGACAUUAACAAUCGGUAAACCUGUUAUCACAAAAAUACUCACAAGAACACCACAAGAAUAUUCUGAAUUACGGCAAAGUUCAAUAGAAACAUGGUCUGAAAAUGAUGUUCUGAAGUUAGCUACUGCUGUUGAAUCUAAUACAAUACAUCCAAUUGGAAAAGCUAUUAGGGACGCUGCUAAGGUUGCUAAAUGUCCCAAUGUAAAGGCUGAUGAUGGAACAUAUAUGGAGGAACCUGGUUCCGGUGCCUCAAUUGGUAAGAAGAUAGUUUAUGUUGGGACAUUGGAAUGGGUAAGAAGGUAUAAUAAGAAAAAAAUGAAAAUAUUAGGCUGUAAAUAA